CCAUGAAGCUCCAAGAGAGGGAUUGGAUUUGACACUCCUAGAAAGCGCUAGCUAGCUAAGUUGUGAGUUUUCCGCGAAGAGCCCUAGGAGGGAAAGAAUCAUGGCGCGAGGGGAUCGAGACGAGGAGGCGCAGGCGCAGGCGCAAAUGAGCCCCGACGAGGUGAAUGCUCUCGUGGCGGAGGUUGUACGGCAUAUGUUGUUUAGGAACUUCCAGCAGCCGGGAGUUCCUGUGAGGCGGGAGGAGCUCAACCAGAUCGUCACCCGGAGCUACAAGCAGCAAAGGGGGCUUUCGGGUGUGGUGAUCGACAGGGUGCGCAAGAAGAUCGCGAGCGUGUUUGGGAUGGAGAUGCACGAGCUCCACAAGUUACCGCGGCAACACAGUGCCCGAGGUGGUGGCGCUGGUUCCCAAGGAGUGAGUAGUGAGCCGGCACGGGAGUAUUUCCUCAAGAGCACCGUCCCCCUGGAGGCUCGGCGGGAGUUUGUGGACGCUCCAAGUGCGGUGGCGCUGCGGGGCCUGGCGCUGGCCAUCGUCUCGAUAAUUCAUCUCUCCCCCGGGAGGAGUUGCAAGCAAGAGGACUUGUGGCUUCACCUGGGGAAGCUGGGAAUCGAGGAGGACGACGAGAAGCACCCGGUGUUUGGGAGCAUCAAGCAGACCAUGGAACUCCUCCAACGGCAGAGACACUUCCACAAGGAGCGGAGCGAAGAUGGUUUCGUCUACACGCUGGCCGAAAGGUCCCUGGAAGCAAAUGUUGCGAAGAAGAUCAGCACCUGGAUACCCAAGUUUAUGGAAUGGGACAUGUUCGCCCACGAUAGUGACAGUGACGAUAGCGAUGACACUGCUGCUGCUCCCGCUGAUACUGCUGCUGCUGCUACUGCUACUGCUGCCGCUUCGCAAGGUGCUGCUGCUAAUGGCGAUGGCGAUGGCGAUGAGGGCGACGAGGAGGAGGAGGAGGAGCACGGCCAUGGCGACGAGGAAAGGGAGAGCUUAGAGUCAGAGUAGUGGCAACGUAACCACGACUAACGCGAACGCAGCCAGAUUCUAUACUGCUGUCUGUCUGGCCAGCUAAACAGGAGAGCUCCGUCCGCAUCAUCCAAAAGUUUGAAGCAAGCAUUUUGUUCUAGGCCUAGACACGCACAGAAACAUGAAUGAUCAACUUGGUUACAUUCUAACAA